CCGCCGGGAGAGACCGAGAGACCGGGAGUGAAUAAAGAUGGCGGAUCAGCGGCAGCGCUCUCUCUCCACCUCCGGGGAGUCUCUGUACCACGUGCUGGGAUUGGAUAAGAACGCGACCACUGACGACAUCAAGAGAUGUUACCGGAAGUUAGCGCUAAAGUAUCACCCCGACAAGAACCCAGACAACCCCGAGGCGUCGGAGAAGUUCAAGGAGAUAAACAACGCGCACGGGAUCCUGAGCGACGGGACCAAGCGGAACAUUUACGACAAAUACGGAUCCCUGGGGCUCUAUGUGGCCGAGCAGUUUGGGGAGGAGAACGUCAACACGUACUUUGUGCUGUCCAGUUGGUGGGCGAAGGCCCUGUUCAUGUUCUGCGGACUGAUCACCGGCUGUUACUGCUGCUGCUGUCUGUGCUGUUGCUGCAACUGUUGCUGCGGGAAGUGCAAACCGCGACCCCCCGAGGGGGAGGAUCAGGACUUCUAUGUGUCCCCAGAGGACCUGGAGGCCCAGAUGCAGUCGGAUGAGAGGGACCCCGACGGCCCCGUGUUGGUACCUGUGCCAGCCUUCCCCAUAAAUGUAAUUAUCCGUUAUGAAGGUUGUUGUGGGACAUGCCACCCUUGGGCCCUGGCACAGUGACUCGUACUCAGCUGGCAGGGUGGGCAGUGCCAUAUUUAUUUGUAUAUAGUGUCGGUAGAGUAUACGGUGCUGUGUUUAUCUGUAUAUAGUGUCACUAGUGUGCACAGCGCUGUGUGUGUGUGGCGCUGCCAGUGUGCCCGUCACUGUGCCCGAGAAGGACAACGGCUGCCCAAUCCCUUGUCGGACUCUGUGCCCCCCUGAGCUGGCAACAGUGUGAUCCCUACAGUCCCAUUUAAUAACCCCCUCCAUCUGUUAGUGCCCCCGUAGUAAGGAGCACCCAGUGCGGUACCAGAGCCUGGCAGAGCCGGGCACACAGGCGGGCACGGUGCCAGCAGGAUAAUGAGACCCAAUCAAACUAAUGAGCCACGGACGUAAUAUUCAUGUAUUUAUUCAGGGAAAUAAUCCAAAGUGUUGGGGGGGGGGGGGCAAAUGUAUGUGCCCCUUUGGCAUCAGUGCCCGGGGUGCCCCCUGGGCAUGUCCUGUAGCUGUCGGUCAGUCUGGAACCUUAUCCCAUUCCUUAUAGAACAGCGUCAGCUCCUGGGUAUUGGGGCAAUUCCUCACACGAACUGCCCCCUUAAGCCCCUCCCCCAUAAGCCCCUCCCACAACAGUUCUAUAGUCAGGUGACUUAUGGGUGAUUUGACUGCUUUUUGAUAGACGGACCUGUGUGUUUUGGGGGCUUCCCCCCCAUAGAACAUUCUCCCAGCAGCCUUCCGACUUGGGGGGGCCUUUAGCAAACUCUAGGGGGCACCCAAUCCACUAUUUUAAAGUCACGUGACUUUGGGUUUGGGCGGAGACGCGGGUGGGAAUCCCCUAGGGGGCAGCAGUGUUCCCAUUGUUGCUCCGGGUCUCCUCAUGGUGGGCUCACGGUGGGCGGGGCAAGAGAGGCCAUUGGUUCCUUAGGCUCAUUGGGUCUCAUUAUCUUCGGUGGGAAAUGGGCCGCGGUUCUGCUCAUAUUUACACUCAGAUAUUGAUCCAGUAGAUCCCGGGGGACCGGGUCAGAACAGCGCCAAUUCCAGGUAAUCCCCAGUGUGUGGGGUCUCGGCCAAUCGCCAUCAAUCCCAGGAAAACUCAGAACUCACAAGUGUAAUAUUGGGGUUCUGCUGAAAUUCUGAGGGGUUCACAGACUGCCGAGACCCCGCCCCUAGUCACGCCCGGCACUGGGAAUCGACCAAUGACAGGUCACAGUGAGGCACAAGCCAUAGAUUAAAGGACCAGUAAUACCCUCCCUAUAGGGCACUAGCGGGUCCAAUCAGAGAGCGGGGGGCACAUUCCUGGCUGGGUAUCGGCUGAACGCUGGGUGGAAGGAAGGUUCUUGGACCUCAGUUUGGGCCGCGGGUUCAGCACCCUCCUGGCCAUGAAUGGGUCCAACGUCCCACCCCAGGGGCAAUCGUGUGAUUGGGGAGUGAGUGAUAAUCUGCCCUGGGCAGGGGUACAUGUAGGCCAGUCGGAGGCUGUGGGGUAAUUGGGGGGCUGGGGAGGUGCCGGGGUCCCUCUGGGGGAGGGGCCUGUUUCCAGCAUGUCCUGUUAUGUUUGUCUGAAUAUUCUUUCAACUGUGGAACCGGGACGAGCGGAACCAACUACUGUAUAAUAAAUGUUUCAGUGCAGGAA